AUGAAGUCAAGACAAGAAAAAGUGUUGCUAAGUCUCCUUAAUGCACCGGGAAACCGUAAUCAGUGCUGUGAGUGUUCAUCCUCAUACCCUACGUGGGCUUCGUGCAAUUUGGGUAUAUUUCUUUGUGGAAAAUGCGCAUCUGCCCAUCGUGCAUUGGGAGAGGAUGUCUCAGUUGUUAAAUCGUUGAGUUUGGAUACCUGGACUUCGGAAGAGCUCGAUUUCAUGGAGAGAAUGGGUAAUGACAGAAAUCACCGUGUGUGGAAUGCAAGACGGAUUCCAUUCCCGUUCAACGGAGAAGAUAAGGAUACAGUGAUCUCAUAUCUCAGAGAUAAGUACGUUUUGGGGAAGUUUAGGAACACACCAAUCUCUGAAGAAGACUACCAUCUGGAUGUUUUAAACUCAGGGGACUUUGAUAGGUCAUAUGGAGGAAGGAGAGAUAGAUUCAGAGAUUACGAAGAUAACGCCAGCUACACUUCUGGAAGUUCUGGAGGGUAUGGCAGUCAUAGAAGAUCGUCCAGGUCAAGAAGUUAUGCACGCUCGUAUAGUUCGAGAAAUGGAAGUAGUGCUUCAUUGACCUUGCAGCACAGGCCUUCAACAGGUGAAGAAAGGAGAAAAUACGGAGAUAUGGCACGAAAGAUGAAGUUUGACAUGGGCUAUGAGGAUCUGGAUCUUAACAUAGAAGCUCUUAGUCGGACACACGGCAAUUUAAGUCGUGCUGCAAGACUAGUUGAAAAUGAGGGAAGUUCAAGUAGACGAGAGGACUCUGAAACGCCACCACCUUUGCCCCAAAGAAGGGAUCAGGAAGGAAAGCAUAGCGAAAGCAGCUCAAGCUUGGCAAAAAAGCAGAAUGGAGAAACGUAUGAUUGGAUUGAUUCGAAUCCGAGUACUUCUGCACAAGCUAGUACGCCAAGCAGUGCACCAAAUAAUAGCGGCGACAAGAUAUAUCAGUAUGUUGAUCCAAAUACAGGCAUAUACUACUACUUGGAUAAAAAUGGACAGCAGUAUGUUGAUCCAGCCCAAAGUCAGAGAUUACAGAUGCAACAGACAGCAGCUUAUGGUGUUGCCGCCGGUGGUAUGCCAACUUCAAUGUUGGUAAAUCCAUCUGCUCCUACUGUUAAUCCCGGAGCCAGUACUAGUUCUCUGACUUUGAAUCAGUUGAAGCAACAGCAGCGGCAGCAGCAGCAGCAACAACAACAACAGCAAUUCCCGCAGCAGACCGGAAUGUUUACAUAUAUGCCUACGAAUGCAAUGCCUCAAUUCCAAACAGGAGUUGCCCCUAUGCAAUUUGCAAAUGGUGUUCCUCAGUACCAGCAGCCUCAGCAGCCUCAACAGCAAGCGCAAUUCCAGCAGCAGAAUAAAUUUACAGGUUUCUGA